UCGAAAACCCAAAAGCCGAAUCCGAUUCCCCGCCCCCAUCAAUUCAUAAAUGACACGCCUCAUCAUCUCUCCGCCGGGCACCGCAGAGAGAGGAAAGUUGAAAAAAUGAAUUCGCCGGCGAUAUCGUCGUCGUCUCCGCUCCCACUCUUCAUCCCAUUCUUCUUCUCUUCCUUUUUGUUUUUCUCCUCUGCAGAUAAGACGGCCGUCACGUCUGAGCUGGUGUCGAGGGAGUUCUUCCCGAUGGAGGGGGAUCUGGCUUGGAUCAUCCAGGUCUCCGAUCUCCAUCUCAGUGCUUACCACCCCAAACGCGCGGAAGACUUAGUUGGGCUUCUUGGGUCAGCGAUCCGGGUCAUCAGGCCCGAUUUACUCCUCGUUACAGGAGAUAUUACAGAUGCGAAAAACAAAAAAAGAACGAGCACAAGGCAGGAUGAAUCAGAGUGGAUUCAAUACAGUGACACAAUGGAUGCCCUGGUUAAGCAAAGUGGUUUAGAGAGGAGAAGAAUAUUUGAUAUACGAGGAAAUCAUGACAAAUAUGGCGUUCCUUAUGUUGGAAGCACACUUGAUUUCUUCUCCGUUCAUAGUAUCAGUUCACAGUUCAAUAGGCUUGGCACCAUUCAGAGUAUAUCUCUUGUGGGAGAGGAUCGAAGAUAUAUAUUUUUGGGUAUAGAUGACACAAUGAGAAUUGGACUUCGUGGCCCAUCAAAUUUGUUUGGCCAUCCAUCUGCUAACAGGAUUCACACUGUUGAAGCUGAACUUCAGUACUGGGAUAAUCAUCCUGUUGCUUUUGUCACUAAAGUCGUGUUCGGCCAUUUCCCAAUGUCUUUCACAGCUUCAGCUGAAACAGGAGAGAGAUAUGAACCGGUUUUUGCAAGGCAUUCUAUCUCUGCAUACAUUUGUGGCCACCUUCAUUCAAAGUUCGGAAAACAGCUAUGGAGGCUGCAUACAUUUAAAGCACUAUCUCAUUUUUGGGAAUGGGAACUUGGGGAUUGGAAGGAAUUUAGGUUUAUCAGAAUUCUUGCCAUUGAUCGAGGGGAUGUUUCGUUUCUGGAUAUGGAGCUUCUUAGCAUAAGCGAGCCACCUAACGGCUUCAAGACUUCUAUCCUCGUUACCUAUCCUAUGGAUUCGAGAAGCAUGAGUAGAGUUAAGGAGCAUACCCAGCUAGUAAGAAAUGAUAUAAAUGCUCUGGUUUUCUCGGUUCAACGAAUCAUUAAUGUGACUGCGAAUAUUUUUGACUCGUGGAGAGCUGUCAAGUUGAUGGAGGAGAUACCGCUGCAGCCUGCUUCGGGUUCUUCUAAUGGCAAGCCUCUCUAUCAUGCCAAAUGGAAUGCGGAAAACUAUGUGAGUGCCUCUGCGACUCGCUAUUGGCUGCAAGUGCGUGUGAUAGAUUUUAAGGGCGAGCAAACAGCUACUGAACUGAGGCCAUUUUCAGUCGAAGGUAAAACAGCCGGAUUUUCAUCUUCAUUGUUAGCUUUUUUGGUUUUUGAUUUGCAGUGGGAGCAAGUUUUUUAUUUUCUCAAAUGGAGCAACAUUUACUUUCUUGUACUGCUUCUAUGCCUUCCAAAGCUCCUGAAUCUAUUCAUGGAGAGAAAUUCAUCUUAUCAGAAGUGGGCUAUGUCAGCUUUCAUCUCUUCAUCUCCUUCCUUCUACCAGAGAAAAUUUCUCUUCAGAUUACUGUGGUUUUUGAUGGAGGGUUCAAGGACUAAGAAGCUAUGGUAUGCCAUGGUAAUUUACCUUCUUUAUUUACUCACAAUGCCAUGGUUUUGGGGUCACGCGACUUCGGAGAAAGGAAAUAUUUUUGAAUUAUGUUUGUCUGGUUGGAGAAUGCGAACUUCAAGCGGCGAAACUACGAGCGAAUGGAUUGGAAUUCCUGAUUCAAUGACAAUCACCCUGCCUUUCAUGUAUUUCAUUAUCACCCCUUUAUUUCUUCUAAUUUACAGCUUUUCUGCAGAAAGAUCUGCUUCUUUCUUUCAUUCAAGCCAGAACAAUAAUUGUUCAGACAACCAAAUGAAUUUCCAAACAGAAAAUAAUAGAACUUUUCUUCAAUCUUUUUGCACAACUGAAUUUUUAGGAUAUAAGUUUUGUGCUGGUUGGCCAAGAAAGGCCUUUGUGCUUGCUGGUGCAGUCAUUGCCUGCUUACAUUUGAAGCUUGUUUCUGGCGUCAUGGAAGCUUAUGGAGCCGCACCUGUAAUGUUGUCGCCGGCCGUUUCAUGGAUGCCAUGGUUAUUCUUGCUGGCUGCCAUUUAUUCGACGUUGAAGUAGUCACAGAUCCUCAAACUUUCAAGCGCAC